AUCCUCCCCGUUUCUUCCGCCACCCACCCACCUCCAACAGCCAUCAUGGUCAACGCCUGGUUCUUCAACCCCACCGACGAGGACAAGCGCGAGCUGCACCAGUUCGUCCCCAACCAGCCCGUCUCGCUCGAGGAGCUGGCCAAGCUCGGCGUCGAGUACUACUUGUUUGACGACCAGGAGAGCGUCGAUGCCUUUGCCCUCCAACGCCAGUACAAGAACCGUGACCUGAUCACCAUCCACAAGGACAAGCUCCCCAACUACGAGGAGAAGCUCGAGAACUUUUUCACCGAGCAUCUCCACGAUGAUGAGGAGAUCCGUUACAUCAAGGAGGGAACCGGCUACUUUGACGUCCGCGACCACGCCGACCGCUGGAUCCGCAUCCAGGUUGAGCCCAAGGAUCUCCUGAUCAUCCCCGUUGGCAUCUACCACCGCUUCACCCUGGACACCAACAACUACAUUGUUGCCCUCCGUCUCUUCCACGACGAGCCCAAGUGGACUCCCUACAACCGCCUCGACACUGCUACCGAUGCCCGCCCCUCCCGCGACGUCUACCUCAAGCAGUUUGUCGCUGUCGAGAACUAAACUCAUCUCGUGUAUCAAAUGUGACAGCACCUGGUUCCCAAUCCAGCCUUGUAUCUAUCCUUCACCUGUAGUUUUGUGUGCAUCUUAUUCUUGGACCAAGCGCGCACCCGCCCUGCUCAAUACACAGCAAUUGCAUAUUAU